UCCAUCUCCCAGCAGAAGGCGCAGCCAUGAAUCCGUUAUUCGGCCCCAACCUCUUCCUCCUACAGCAGGAGCAGCAGGGCCUGGCUGGGCCGCUGGGGGACCCCCUGGGAGGUGACCACUUCGCCAGUGCAGGGGACGUGUCGUCAACGCUCGCCCCUCCGGGUCCCACUUACUCACCACCUGGGCCGGCUCCGGCGCCCCCCGCCGCCAUGGCCCUCCGCAACGACCUGGGCUCCAACAUCAACGUGCUCAAGACCCUGAACCUCCGCUUCCGCUGCUUCCUCGCCAAGGUGCAUGAGCUGGAGCGCCGUAACCGGCUGCUGGAGAAGCAGCUGCAGCAGGCGCUGGAGGAGGGUAAGCAGGGCCGGCGGGGCCUGGCUCGCCGCGACCAGGCUGUGCAGACCGGCUUCAUCAGCCCCAUCCGGCCCCUGGGGCUCCCGCUGGGCGCCCGGCCGGCCGCCGUCUGCACCCCGUCGGCACGCGUGCUGGGCUCGCCCGCGCGCUCGCCAGCAGGCCCCCUCGCGCCCUCCGCCGCUUGCCACUCGUCGCCCUCCACCUCCACCUCCACCUCCACCUCCUCCGCCUUCUCCUCCACCUCUGCCGCCUUCUCCUCGUCGGCCCGCUUCAUGCCCGGCACCAUCUGGUCCUUCUCUCACGCCCGCCGGCUGGGGCCGGGACUGGAGCCCAUGCUGGUGCAGGGGCCUGGCCUGUCGUGGGUGCACCCUGACGGGGUGGGCGUCCAGAUCGACACCAUCACCCCCGAGAUCCGCGCUCUCUACAACGUGCUGGCCAAGGUGAAGCGUGAGCGGGACGAAUACAAGCGGAGGUGGGAAGAGGAGUACACGGUGCGGGUGCAGCUGCAAGAGCGAGUGAAUGAGCUCCAGGAGGAAGCCCAGGAGGCUGACGCCUGCCAAGAGGAGCUGGCGAUGAAGGUGGAGCAGUUGAAAGCUGAGCUAGUGGUCUUCAAAGGGCUUAUGAGCAACAACCUGACAGAGCUGGACACGAAGAUCCAGGAGAAGGCCAUGAAGGUGGACAUGGACAUUUGCCGCCGCAUUGACAUCACCGCCAAACUGUGCGACGUGGCUCAGCAGCGCAACUGCGAGGACAUGAUCCAGAUGUUCCAGAAGAAACUGUCUCUGCACUUGUCUCCCAUUAAGGUCCCAACCAUGGGGGGGCGGAAGCGGGAGCGCAAGGCUGCCGUCGAGGAGGAUCCCUCCCUGUCGGAGAGUGACGGGCCCCGCCAGCCCGAUGGGGAUGAGGAGGAGAGCACGGCCCUCAGCAUCAACGAGGAGAUGCAGCGUAUGCUCAACCAGCUGAGGGAGUAUGAUUUUGAGGACGACUGUGACAGCCUGACUUGGGAGGAGACUGAGGAGACCCUGCUGCUUUGGGAGGAUUUCUCAGGCUAUGCCAUGGCAGCUGCAGAGGCCCAGGGAGAGCAGCAGGAAGAUAGUUUGGAGAAGGUGAUUAAAGACACCGAGUCCCUGUUCAAAACCCGGGAGAAGGAAUAUCAGGAAACCAUCGACCAGAUAGAGCUGGAGCUGGCCACAGCCAAGAACGACAUGAACCGGCACCUGCACGAGUACAUGGAGAUGUGCAGCAUGAAGCGGGGCCUGGACGUGCAGAUGGAGACCUGCCGCCGGCUCAUCACCCAGUCUGGGGACCGAAAGUCUCCUGCUUUCACUGCGGUCCCGCUUAGCGACCCGCCGCCGCCACCACCGCCAAGUGAGACCGAAGACCCCGAUCGGGAAGUCUCCUCUGAUAGCUCCAUGAGAUAGGGACCUGACCUGGUCCCACCCUGGUGGGAACGCACCUUUCACCUCAGCAGAGUGGGGGGUUCGCAGAAGGGGAGCUUCGUUUGUCCUGCUGUACCAAGCCUGGCCGCUGGGGGCAGGGCUGCUCCUUCCUCGGGCCUCCUCCCUGGGCCUCUCCAGAGUUUUGUGGUGUCUGGAGUGAGGCUUGGCCUGCCCUUCCCAGCUGGGGCUUUCCCGCCUUCACGCGCGGGUGUCUGCUACUCCCCAUCUUUAAAGUGCUGCCAGUGUGCUCGUGGCCCCGUAACUUCUCCACUGAAUGAGGGAUGUGAUUGUCACGCCAUCCUUGCCCUGCUGUGGCCUAGAGCCAGCUCGCGUCGGAUUCUGAACUGGUGCUAACUGGCUUGUGCGGCGUGGGCGGUGGGCGAGCGGGAGAGGCCCCUCUGUGCUGCAGGUGGAGGGGAGCAGCACUGGGCAGGGCGCUGUGUCCUCCCUCCGUUGUCCAAGUGCUCCUCCGGUCACCUGCCUGUGGACAGGAAGGACUGGCUGAGACCCCCUCCCUUGGGGAAAUGCCAUGCACCGAAGGGCCUCAGUGCCUUGGUCUAGGUGGCUUCUGACUGCCUGGGUGCAGUAUCACGGAGGGAGAUGGGAAGCCCUCCCAGUCACCGCUGAGAAUACAGAAAAAGGCGAAGCUACUUGGGUGUGUGGUCAGGGUCUCCGUUUCUUCAAGUGUGAGCUGAAGAUGUGCCUCCUCUGUGUCUGUCGUACACUGAGAGCAGCAGGCUGAAAAAGAUGUCUGAACUUGCGAACCUUGGAGAGACUGGGGAGAUGUGAUCGAGACCUCAGCUUAACUGCCUGGGGGCGGUGGAAUCUUUAACAAGAAUGAAACUGGCGAGUAUUUAUUGAA